UGAAAUUGUACCUUAACCAUAACGCCGUAUUGUCUGAUUGUUUCCUUCUUUGUUUCGGAGGCAGGACUCAGGAGCCAAUAAAUAAGAAUAAGAACGUUAUUUAACAAUAACGUUUAGCUCAAAACAGAUCGAAACAAUCGAUGGAAUGGACAGUGAGGUAGCAUCACUAUCAUCAUACAACGACUCAGUUUUUAUUGCAACUGAUGUUGCAAAAUGCCAAGAAGGAAACACAUCAGCCGAGGAAGUCUCUUUGCUUCGAAAUUUGCAAAGAGCCGUCUUGGAAACAACAGAAGAGAAUGCUGCAUAUACAAAGGAGAUGAUGGCUUUAUUAGCUAAAUUGAAUCUUGAUGUCAAAACAUUACCUAACGACAUAAAAGAAGGUUUAGAAAAAGUAUCUUCGAUCCUGAAAGCUGAAAAGCUGUUCGAAUUUGAUGAAACGACAUUGCGGGUGGUUAGAGAACGAAAGAUCAUAGAGGAAAAAAGACGGGAGCGAGAAGAGAAGCAGAUGUCCGUACAGCAUGAUAAAUUAUUUAGAAAUUGUACAAAGUUGCAGACAAAGCUCGAUCAUCUUCAAGAUGCAGUCGAUGCUCUCAAGAACUCUAUUGAUGUUACAGAAGAAGAUAAGAAUGAUAUGUAUUGCAAUAAGAUUUUCCUGCCUACAAAAUUGAAGGAGUACCAGCAAGCUGUGGAGAAAUUGGAAACAGAUUUAAGUGAUAUGCAAGUUGACGAACUUUAUUCGGAAAAAAUAUUGAAUAAAUAUAAACUGUACCUGGAGAAGACAAGCAGAUUAGCAGAUCUUAAUCAAUCUCUCGCUCAAUAUGAGGAUUUACCACCAAACUUGCUGCAAGCUAAAUUGUUGGUAGAAAGCAAAAGAAAAGAGUAUGAAAAGUUAGAACAGAUAUUUUUAGAAAAGGCUCAGAAGAUUUAAUGGCAUUUCAAACUUGACUAUUAACAUAUUUCAGUAUUUACUCUUUAUACAGAUGUCAUUAAUUUAUCUUACAAAUAAAAGAUGGAAAGCAAGAAGAAAGAGUAGAAAAACCUAGAACAGAUAUUUUUGGAAAAGCACAUUGUCAGUAAUAAA